AUGGCCACAUCUCUCUGGUGGCUGUCCAUCACGCUCCUGUCAGGCCUCUUAAUCGCGGUUAAAGCAGCCGAAUGGCAAGGACUCUACAAUCAUCCUGAACAUCCCGGUAAGUGCACCAUCAACCCGAAACUCAUCCUCGACCCGGGGGUAAGCAUCAAGGAUUCCACGCACGACUGCCGUCAAAUUGUGUGCGGAAUCAACGGCAGGGCCGUGUUCCACAGUUGCGGAGUCAGCGCCCCGCGACCACCCCGCCGCUAUGGGGCCUACAUGAAUCCGGAGCUGCCUUACCCGGAUUGCUGCACUCGCACCCUACUUUGCGACAAGGCAGGCUGA